AUGUCAAAUAUGUGUAAUAAUUCAUUUGAGGGAGUUUCUGCAAAAGAUGAUAUUUUAAUAAAUAAAACGAUUGAAGAAUUAUGUAUUUUACAUAAAGAAGAAGAAAAAAAAGGAAAUUAUGCUACUACAAUUCUUAACAAAAUAGAAAAGCAUUUAGAAAAUAAACAGUUUAAACCAGAAGAUAUUAUUAAUUG